CGCUUCCCGGUAGCUAAGGCGAUGAGAGGGACUUCCCAGUUGGGCGGGCGGAAGUCAUGUUGGAUCAGGGCGAAUCCCUGAGGCGUGCCGGCUGCACCUAGGAAACAGUCGCGCAGGCACCUGAGUUUUCUGAAGCACAAACGUUUAGGGGUGAACGUGGAGGAAAGUAGGGUCUGAGGAGCGGUGGUUUUGUGGCCUGAGAACAACCUGCUUGCCCCAUUCCAAGAUGGCGGCGUGGCUUCACUGAGAGUCUUGCUUCCGCUUCUCCGCCGGGGGAGGCCCUCUUUGAUUGGCCAGAGGACGGCGCUGUGGCGUGACGCACAGGGUCGCUGACCAGUCGUCUGAGAGCUGAGUUGGACUUGGCGGUGGGAGCCGGAGCGGGGCUCUAGCAGCUGUGGGUGCGGACGCGGCCAGGUGAACUGCUCUUGCCAGUUUCUUUUUAGACUAUGGCAACAUAUUUGGAGUUCAUUCAGCAGAAUGAAGAACGAGAUGGUGUGCGCUUUAGUUGGAAUGUGUGGCCUUCCAGCCGCCUCGAGGCUACAAGAAUGGUUGUUCCCCUGGCUUGUCUCCUCACUCCUUUGAAAGAACGUCCAGACCUGCCUCCCGUACAAUAUGAACCUGUGCUCUGCAGCCGGCCAACUUGCAAAGCCAUUCUCAAUCCACUUUGUCAGGUUGAUUAUCGAGCAAAACUUUGGGCCUGUAAUUUCUGUUUCCAAAGAAAUCAGUUUCCUCCUGCUUAUACAGGCAUAUCUGAGGUAAAUCAGCCUGCUGAAUUGAUGCCCCAGUUUUCUACAAUUGAGUAUGUGAUACAGCGAGGUGCUCCAUCCCCUCUGAUCUUCCUCUAUGUGGUUGACACGUGCCUGGAAGAAGAUGACCUUCAAGCACUCAAAGAAUCCCUGCAGAUGUCCCUGAGUCUCCUUCCUCCAGAUGCUCUGGUGGGUUUGAUCACGUUUGGGAGGAUGGUGCAGGUUCACGAGCUCAGCUGUGAAGGAAUCUCCAAAAGUUAUGUCUUCCGAGGGACCAAGGAUUUAACCGCAAAGCAAAUACAGGAUAUGCUGGGCCUCACCAAGCCUGCCAUGCCCAUGCAGCAAGCAAGACCUGGUCAACCACAGGAGCACCCUUUCGUUUCAAGCAGAUUUCUGCAGCCCAUUCACAAGAUUGACAUGAACCUCACUGAUCUCCUUGGGGAGCUGCAGAGGGACCCAUGGCCUGUGACUCAGGGGAAGAGACCUUUGCGAUCCACUGGUGUUGCUUUGUCCAUUGCCGUUGGCCUAUUGGAGGGCACUUUUCCAAACACGGGAGCCAGGAUUAUGUUGUUUACUGGAGGUCCCCCCACCCAAGGGCCCGGCAUGGUAGUUGGAGAUGAACUAAAGGUUCCUAUUCGUUCCUGGCAUGAUAUUGAGAAAGAUAAUGCACGUUUCAUGAAAAAGGCGACCAAGCACUACGAGAUGCUUGCCAACCGAACUGCUACAAAUGGUCACUGCAUUGAUAUUUACGCUUGUGCCCUUGAUCAGACAGGACUUCUGGAGAUGAAGUGUUGUGCAAAUCUUACUGGAGGCCACAUGGUGAUGGGAGACUCUUUCAACACCUCUCUCUUCAAGCAGACUUUCCAGAGAAUUUUUACUAAAGAUUUCAACGGAGAUUUUCGCAUGGCGUUUGGUGCUACUUUGGAAGUGAAGACCUCUCGGGAGCUGAAAGUUGCAGGAGCCAUUGGUCCUUGUGUGUCUCUGAAUGUGAAAGGACCAUGUGUGUCAGAAAAUGAGCUUGGUGUUGGUGGCACGAGUCAGUGGAAAAUCUGUGGCAUGGAUCCCACAUCUACACUUGGCAUCUACUUUGAAGUAGUCAAUCAACACAACGCCCCGAUCCCCCAGGGAGGCAGAGGCGCCAUCCAGUUUGUCACUCAGUAUCAACACUCCAGCACCCAGAGGCGCAUCCGCGUGACCACCAUUGCCCGAAAUUGGGCAGAUGCACAAAGCCAGCUCAGGCACAUAGAAGCAGCAUUUGACCAGGAGGCUGCAGCAGUCUUGAUGGCUCGGCUGGGGGUGUUCCGUGCAGAGUCAGAGGAAGGGCCUGAUGUGCUCCGGUGGCUAGACCGACAGCUCAUUCGACUGUGUCAGAAAUUUGGACAGUAUAACAAAGAAGACCCCACUUCUUUUAGGUUAUCAGAUUCCUUCUCUCUGUAUCCUCAGUUCAUGUUCCAUCUUAGAAGAUCUCCAUUUCUCCAAGUGUUUAACAACAGUCCUGACGAGUCAUCGUAUUACAGACACCAUUUUGCCCGACAGGACCUAACUCAGUCCCUCAUCAUGAUCCAGCCCAUUCUGUACUCCUACUCGUUCCACGGGCCACCAGAGCCAGUACUCUUGGACAGCAGCAGCAUUCUAGCUGACAGAAUUUUGCUGAUGGAUACUUUCUUCCAAAUCGUCAUUUACCUUGGUGAGACCAUAGCCCAGUGGCGUAAAGCUGGGUACCAGGACAUGCCUGAGUAUGAAAACUUCAAGCACCUUCUGCAGGCACCACUGGAUGAUGCUCAAGAGAUUCUGCAGGUGCGCUUUCCAAUGCCACGUUACAUUAACACGGAGCACGGAGGCAGCCAGGCCCGAUUCCUUUUGUCCAAAGUGAACCCAUCUCAGACACACAAUAACCUGUACGCUUGGGGACAGGAAACAGGAGCACCCAUCCUAACUGACGAUGUUAGCCUGCAGGUGUUCAUGGAUCAUUUGAAGAAGCUGGCUGUGUCCACUGCUUGUUAAGCUGGAGAUGUGAGCGGAACAUUGUCACAUUGUGUUCACAAUUGCUUAUUAUGGCUCAAAAACAUUCCUUUCACUUUCCUUGUGAGUUUUAAUAAAUAAUCAAAGGAAGCAUUGUAUGUAACUCUUUAGAUUAUAAUUUAUUUGUAUUCCUUAUUUGUGCCCCUUUUCUUGCAACAUGAAAUUGUAAGGUCAUAAAUGUUUUGGUACUUGUAGAUGUUUAUAUGCUUUUUGUAUCCUAACUUCACACUUAUGUAAAAUCAGAGAUACUGUAUUUUGGCAACUUACUUAGAUGAAAAUCAUAAUGAUCAGAAAGGAAAUAAAUAUAAAGAAAGCACUGGCUAAAAUAAUGCUAAUACAAAUUUGAUAUCCU